GAAAAUGAGAUAGGGCACAACCAUAAGAGGGUACUUAUAAGCAAAGAAUCAAUUAGGGUUUUUCUUUAGCGCAGUCGCAGCCGGACGAAGAACAAUCUCAGAGAAGGCAAACUCCGUUCACAGCCGUCGAUAUGGGGCGACUCCACUCUAAAGGUAAGGGAAUCUCAGCAUCUGCUUUGCCGUACAAGCGUUCACCCCCGAGUUGGCUCAAGACAACCUCCCAGGAUGUUGAUGAAUCCAUUUGCAAGUUUGCAAAGAAGGGUUUGACUCCGUCUCAGAUUGGUGUCAUUCUCCGUGACUCUCACGGUAUCCCACAGGUGAAGAGUGUUACUGGAAACAAGAUUUUGAGAAUCUUGAAAGCUCAUGGUCUUGCUCCUGAGAUCCCUGAGGAUCUUUACCACCUGAUCAAGAAAGCAGUUGCUAUCCGCAAGCAUCUUGAGAGGAACAGGAAGGACAAGGACUCCAAGUUCAGGUUGAUUCUUGUGGAGAGCAGAAUCCACCGUCUUGCUCGUUACUACAAGAAGACCAAGAAGCUCCCUCCCGUCUGGAAGUAUGAAUCUACUACCGCAAGCACUCUUGUCGCUUAAGGAAUCAUAGAGCUGGUUAUAAAGUCUUUGAACUACAAUUUCUUUGCUGCAUUGCAACUCCAUUUCUAUGACAAUGGAUUUUGUAUCUGUUUUUAGUUUUUUUUCUGAUGAAUUACAACUUACUGUGCAAUUUUGAAUUUGAUGAGUACUAUGUGAUCUUUAAGCAUGACUA